AUGGCAACCCAGCAAUCAGCACACGAGCUGAAGCAACAGGGCGCAAUUGAAGCUGCACAGGAUCCCAACAGCAGUGUCACGGCCGAAAACGCCGAGAAGAAGAUCGUUGCCGACAGCCAGCAGCUCGGCAUCACUGCCUUCACCUUCGACCCCAAUGCCAGCGCAGCGGAGAAGGCAGCACAAGCCAGAGAGGCAAUUCCAGAUGGCCUUCGGCGACCGAAAGGAUUAGCUAUUGUUUCCGACCUCGACGAUGGAACCAAGGCCGAUGUCGACCUUCCCCCACCCUCAAAGGCCGGCGCCCUCGACCUCCCGACCACUGCCGAUGGAAAGGUCAUCGAGGAUGACCGUACCCCUGAACAAAUUGAAGCCGAUUUGAUUAAGAAGGUCGGCUGGGCUCCGAGGUUCGGCUGGCCCAAAGACCCCGAAGAAGAACAGGAUUUGCUGGACCACGCAACAUGGGUAGAAUCGAACCUUUCCGAGAACUACUUUGGGGAAUGGUACCAUAACGUGGCCGUCAUUGUUUUCGCCUGCCUCUCAUCUUGGCUAGUAGCAGUGUUGGGAGGCGGCCUUGGUUGGGUCUUCAUAAUCAUGGCUUGCUGCUCGACUUAUUACAGAACCUCUAUUCGCCGGGUGCGCCGAAACUUCCGAGACGAUAUUACGCGGGAGCUAGGCCUCAAGAAACUGGAAACCGAUAACGAAUCCGUCGAAUGGAUUAACUCAUUCCUUGUCAAGUUCUGGCCCAUCUACCAGCCCGUCCUCGCCCAGACCGUCGUCAACUCUGUCGACCAGGUUCUCAGCAUGUCUACCCCCGCUUUCCUCGACAGCUUGAAGUUGAAGACUUUCACUUUGGGCUCCAAGUCGCCUCGUAUGGAGCACGUCAAGACCUAUCCCAAGGCCGAAGAUGAGGUCGUCAUCAUGGAUUGGAUGUUCAGCUUCACCCCCAAUGAUACCGCCGACAUGACUGCACGCCAACUCCAGAACAAGAUUAACCCCAAGAUUGUCCUGGAGAUCCGAGUUGGAAAAGCCAUGAUUAGCAAGGGUCUCGAUGUUAUCGUUGAGGACAUGUCCUUUUCUGGUCUGAUGCGCCUCAAAAUCAAGUUCCAGAUGGCGUUCCCUCACAUCGAGAAGGUGGAAAUGUGCUUCUUGGAGAGACCCAAGAUCGAUUACGUUUGCAAGCCUCUCGGAGGUGAGACCUUCGGUUUUGACAUCAACUUCAUCCCCGGUCUUGAGAGCUUCAUCCAGGAGAUGAUUCACGCUACGUUGGCACCAAUGAUGUACGCGCCCAAUGUCUUCCCCAUCGAGGUGGCGAAGAUGCUCGCUGGUACACCCGUCGACCGAGCCAUUGGUGUGGUUGCUAUCACUUUGCAUGGUGCGCAAGGCCUCAAGAACCCCGACAAGUUUUCUGGAACCCCUGAUCCCUAUGCCGUCCUUUCCCUCAGCAAGAGGCAGCCUCUUGCGCAAACCAAGGUCAUCAAGGAGAACGACAAUCCUCGCUGGAACGAAACGCAUUAUAUCAUUAUCUCCUCUUUCAACGACUCCCUCGAUAUCGAUGUUUUUGACUUCAACGAUUUCAGAAAAGACAAGAAGCUUGGUGUCGCCUCCUUCCCUCUCGAGAAUUUGGAAGAGCUCAACGAGUUUGAGAACGAGAGACUCGAGCUUAAGUACGAUGGCAAGGCUCGUGGCGCUGUGUCCUGUGAUAUCCGUUUCUUCCCCGUGCUUGAGGAGACUAAGCUUCCCGAUGGCACUGUGGAACCUCCCCCGGAGUCAAACACUGGUAUUCUGAGCUUCACUGUUGAACAAGCCAAGGAACUCGACGCAUCAAAGAGCAUGGUUGGCCAGCUCAACCCCUACGCAAUGCUUCUACUCAACGGCAAGGAGGUGCACAAGACGAAGACGAUGAAGCGCACAAACCAACCUGUCUGGCCCAACGGCUCAAAGGAAAUCUUGAUUACGAACCGCAAGCACGCUAAGCUUGGUGUUGCCCUGAAGGAUGAUCGCGAUAUUGCCGGAGAUCAACUUCUGGGCACAUACCAGAUUAAGCUAGAUGAUAUGCUUGAGCUCAUGGCCAAGGGCCAGGACUGGUACAACCUCGCUGGUGCCAAGACUGGUCGGGUGAAGAUGAUGGCCCAGUGGAAGCCGGUUGCCAUUUCUGGUGCUGCUGGAAGCACUGGCGGCUACACCACGCCGGCCGGUGUCUUGCGCUUGCACUUCAUCAAUGGCAGGUCCCUACGCAACGUGGAAGCGCUCGGCAAGUCUGAUCCAUAUGUCCGAGUUCUGCUGUCUGGUAUCGAAUGUGGUCGCACUGUCACUCACAAGAACAACCUCGACCCCGACUUUGACGAAGUUCUCUACAUUCCGGUUCAUUCUCCCAAGGAGCGCCUCCAGCUCGACGUUAUGGACGCCGAGAACAUGGGCAGAGACAGGAGUCUAGGCCUUACCGAGAUCUUCGCCGGUGAUUACAUGCACAAGGACCCCGAGACUGGUGAAUGGCUGGUUCAUGAGAAGAAGGAUCUUCAUCAGGAUGGUCUGCGCAUGCACGGAAAGGGCGUUGCCAAGGGUGUUCUCUCGUACACGGUUGCUUUCUACCCUUGCCUCAACGUUGCUGAUCCGGAGGAUGAUGAAAAGGACGAACAGAGCGACCAGUCCUCUGAGCCUAAGCAGUCCUUGGAUGUUCCGAGAUCCUCCGAUGCUGGCAAGUUCUCCUCCACUCUGGAGAGAACCGACAGCAUCAAGCCAGAGAAUGGCGGGGCUUCGAGACCUAUUACACCCAAGACGCCGGUCACUCCCACUUCUAUCGCGCCUUCGAGGAAAUCCAGGGACGAGAAGGAGCCGCCCAAGCUUCGCCUCAACCCACAGGAACUGCUGCAGUAUGAAUCCGGUCUGAUCAUCUUCAAGCUCAUGGAGGCCGAACUCCCGAAGAGCCAAUGCCGCGUUGAGGUUUGCGUUGAUGAUUAUGCUUUCCCGUCUUAUGUCUCCUCGACCUCAAGGACGAAGACGCACACUUUUGAUGAGAUUGGCGAUUGCUUCAUUCGUGAGCUAGAAUUCUCGAAGCUGACAAUCAAGAUCAAUGAGCGGUCCGAAAAGCAGGAGGAUAAUGGCAAGGAGAACACGCUUGCUCGCCUGUCAGGAAACACCCUUGACACCCUCAAGCAAUGCCUUAACAACCCAACUACCCUGAAACUCAAGAAUGAGGAUGGCAAGGUCUACUCGAUCAAGGUUAGCCUUAAGUACGUUCCAGUCCGGAUGCAGCUCGACCCCAGUGAGAGCAUCAACAACAUGGGCCAUCUUCGCGUCGAUGUUUUGGAUGCCCAGAACCUUCCGUCUGCCGACUCUAACGGCAAGAGCGACCCUUAUGUCAAGUUCGAGUUCAACGGUCAGGAGGUGUUUAAGUCCAAGACCGUGAAGAAGACGUUGAAUCCCACCUGGAACGAGUUCUUCGAAGUGCCGGUUCCAAGCCGCAUCGCAGCCACCUUCAAGGCUACUGUGUGGGAUUGGGACUUUGCCGAUAAGCCCGACUUCCUUGGUGCUGCGGACAUCAACCUCGGUCAGCUCGAGCCCUUUAGAGCACAAGAAGUACGGCUUACUCUCGACGGCAAGUCGGGCGUGCUCCGCCUUCGCCUCCUUUUCCGCCCCGACUAUGUCACCAGAACCAGACAAGGAACGUCAACACUGGUUGGCACAUUUGCUGUCCCCGGCAAGCUCGUUACAGGUGUCGCAGGCGUACCUCGGAAGGGUGGCGCCGCGGUCGUUGGUGCCGUUGGGCACGGUGUUGGCAAGGGCGCCUCCUUUAUCAAGCGUGGCUUCCGCAGUAACACCAAGAGGGACGAUGAUUCGGAUAGCACCAAUAGUUCGGUCGAGCUUCCUACCAUCGUCACUAAUGCGCCAGAGGCUGCUUCGGGCCUGAAGCGAUCGGAAGCUAUUACAGAAGCUGACGGCUCUUCGGCCAACGAGCUCCAUCACGCGCGGACAAUGAGUGUGGGUGCAUCCUCUGUUCGUAGCGCCAUGUUCCCUGGAGCAUCAUCAGGGACGGCCUCUUUUACGGUUGUCUCUGCUUCUGGGUAUCCUCCUUCUACAGAUGUGUACGUCAUGAUUACACAAAUGAAGGAUGGGAAGUCAAAGGCCGUUGGCAAGACCAAGCACCGCAAGUCCUCGAGCGGCACUGUCAAAUUCGACGAAACCUUCAAUAUCCAGUGCACGCCUGACUCGCAGUUCAAGAUUGAGGCCAAGGAGCAUCACACCUUUGGAAGCGAUGAUCAUCUGGGAGAGAGCGUCUACUUUGUUGACGAGUCGAACUCCGGACAAGAAAAGGCGCUGAAGGUUGGAAGCGGAACAGUGUACCUCAAGAGCGGGUUCGCUCCGUCUGAGAGUGCCCAGGACCCAUCUAGUGCACUUAGCCCCGACCAGAGCCCCAAGUCUUCUAGUCUAAGGCGGAGCUUCCUGAGCAAGGGCGCUAGAUCCCCUAGCCGCGAUGGUGCUUGA